UUUCCAAUGUAGGUUUUAAAUACCUACCAAAUUUAUGAAGUACGAAUAGUACUUUUAAUCUUUAUUAUGCAUAUUGUCAGAUACAUACAGUACAAAAUAAAGUAAAAAUAAAAAGCAAUUAUUCGAAGGAGAUUCAAGAUGGUUGUUAAAUUUAUUGUCUUAUUUGGGGUUCUCUUUAACGUUGGAGCUGUGAUGGUAAAUGGCUUCCUAUAUGAUCCCUUUCAAAGUCGCUUGCUCAAUGUACUAAUUCCAGAUGGUCUGUUAGGAAGAAAUUGGAAUUACAUUGCAUCUGAAAUAUACAACCCAUUUUUUGGUAGAGGACACUACGGAUAUUACGAAGGUCCCUAUCCCGGUGGAUAUCACGGAUAUGAACAGGAUUCGACAUAUCCUUACUCCUUUAUAGUCCCCAUUUUUGGUAGAAGAUAUUCAAACUAUUACGGAGGUCCUAAUUACGGUGGUUAUGAAACACAAGAAAGUUAUGUGUCAUAUUCUCGAUGAAGGUAUUCAUUACAGAAUACCAGAAAACCAUAGCAGCCCUUGCAUUGAUUAUGCGAAAGUCUUUCUUCACUUCAUUUGAAUAACAAAUAAAAUUGUGAAUAAAAAGUUUCCUAAAUA